UUUUAUUGGAUAUGUAUUUGGGAGCAAUCAUUGUGUUAUUAGAGCAAUAAUUACAAAUUUGACUAGUGGUGCUUCACUUGCAUCAUUUUAAAAUGAACAAAAAAUUAUUUAUGGCAAUGAGCCGCCGCCGUAUUUCAUGCCCAUUGGCUGUUCAACAGCUGUGGGAUGCGGUGAAAGUGAUACGUUUUCAAAGGCAGGUACCCGAUAUUGAUCGCAUCACUAAAUAUAUGACGAAAGUCCACAAUAUGUCACCAGAGGAAGUAGGAAGGCAAUUAAAUUAUUGUGUACGAGAUGGUCUUUUGAUAUUAACCAAAAGAGUUGGUAAUAAAGGUUCAAAAGCUGGAGUUGAAACAGAAGGAUAUAAACUUCCAGAAGAAAAAGCUGAUAAAGAUAGUCAUGAUUGGUACUGUUUUCAAUGUCACAGUGCUGGAGAUGUGAUAAGUUGUACAUCUUGUUAUCGAGUUUACCAUCUUUCUUGUAUUGAAAAAAAAGAUUUGCCUGAAAAUGAUGUUAAACAUAAGUUCAUUUGUAAUAUAUGCAAAAAUUGUGCUUCUACAAAAGAAUCUUGUAAAAAGAUUAAAAAAAGUCAGCUUAACAGGCUUCUUUAUCAUACUACUGGUAGAUUAAAAGAAAAGAUACCUUUACCAUGGUCAGAACGUAAAAUUGCUACUACUGCUCCAUCGACAUAUGUUUCAGACAGACUUCAGUUUCAGAGUCAACUAAAAGGUAGUGAUUUGCAUUUUAACAUGAAAUGUGCGUUAAAAGAUAAAGAUCCUUGGAGGAUAGAUCUUCUUAUUUUCAAAAUUAUAGACCUUCAAAUGAUUGAAGAUAAAGCUGAUGAUGAUGAGUAUAAAAAUGUCGAAGAGUUUCGUGCAGAUAUAUUGACCUUUGUUCACAAUAUUAUUAUUUUUCAAGGCGUUCAUAGCAGUUUAGCUGAUUAUGGCCGUUUAAUGUUGAGAGAUUGUAAUCGAGAUUUGGAUGAGAUAAUGAGAUGCCGUUAUUGUUACAAGUAUUCCAUACAAAAAAACUCAAAAUUUUGGUUUUGUAAGCCAUGUAAGCCUCCACAUGAACUAGUGUAUGCAAAACAAGAAGAUUUUCCAUAUUGGCCAGCCAAAGUUUUGAAAAUUGAAGGUGAUAUGUAUGAAGUAAGAUUUUUUGGUGGUGAACAUCAACUAGGAGUUAUUGACAAAUCUCAAAUACGACCAAUAUCGGUGAACAUUCAUACUCUGCAGUCUCAAGGUCGAACUUCUCAAUGGAACAAAGCAUGUGAGGAAUUGCGUCGCCAUCAACUUCAACUGGACAAAGUUAUAUUUGGUCUUGCUGCACAAUCAUCAUCAUCUUCCUCUAGUUCAUCUUCAGAAGAUGAAGUAGAACCACCUAAAGUGGCGGUUUCACCUAUUCAAAAACGUUAUGAAAAGAGAAAGGUUAAAGAACAGAAAAUGUCRGUAAAAAUUGAGACAAAAGUAGAGACAGAUACUGAGGAAUCAGAAUCAAAGGAUGAAGUAACGCCUAUAAAAAGAAAACGAGGUAGACCAUUGUCUCUAGAAAAAAAAAUAAGUCCUCCAAAAAAAGUUGUAAAGAAACCUUUAUCUAUUAAAAAAACCAGCCCUGAAAAUAUUGUAGAAAAAAGACCUAGAGGCAGACCUAGAAAAGUUAUUGAACCUAUAAAUGAAGAUARUACUCCAGUUAAACAUUUGAAAACAAAAGUUAAAAGUACAAAAGAAAAUACUAAUACACCCGAAGGAAUUAAAUCAUCAAAAAGUGUGUCACCAUUGAAAACAAAAUCCCCAGUUAAAGAAAAUGAAGUGGAUGAAAAUAUAACAUCUACAACUGAAAGAUUAAAAGACCCUGAUGUUGUUGAAGAUGAAACAGUUAGUUCUUCAUGUCAAGAUUUAGUAAGAUCAGUUAAAGUGCAAACAAAACCAAUUAGCAAAAAACCUCCCAAAAGCUACAUAAACAAGAUACGAGCUGAAAUGGAAAGUGAAAAACGUAAAGCUAUUGAACAACUCAUUGAACAACAUAAAGAGGAGAUUGCUUUAUUGCAAGAAAACCACAAUAUUGCACUGUCUGAAGUGAAGAGAAAGCAAUGGUGUGUGAAUUGUGAAAGUGAAGCUAUUUACCAUUGUUGUUGGAAUACAGCAUAUUGUAGUCCUAAAUGUCAACUAAUUCACUGGAGUAGUGAACAUAAAAGGCAUUGUCGUCGAAAAAGAUGAUCUUAAGCUAUUUAUGGGAGUAUUUUUACUAAAGAAAUAAUAUUUUUUUUUAGUUAAAAAUCUGCCAUGUAUGUGCACUCAUACAAUUUAUUUAUAUUUAAAUAUUUUUAAAUGUAUUACUAUUUUAUACUAACUAACUCAAUAUUUCACUUAAUUUGAGUAAAAUUAUUUUAUGUGUAGUAUCUCAUAUUAAAUAUUGACAAGAACAAUAUUAUUUAACAGUAAUUUAAUUAUUUAGGAACAUACAAGUAUUAUUAAUUUUACAAUUUUUAUGUUAAUUCAAGUAUUUUUGCUGAUUGACUUUGUACCAUUAUUAUGUAUUUGAAUCAUCUUCAAUGUUAAUAAUCAAGUUACUAAUAUUAGAACAACUUUAGUUUAGAGUGUUGUUCUUAUAUUAGUUAAUUAUUUAAAAUAUAAUGAAAAUGUAUUAAAAAAUUCUAGCAAUUACUUCUUAAAAUAUUGGGUUUAGGUUUGGUUAAUUUUUUUGUUUGAACCCUAAAUCUAAAAUUGUAAGUUUUAAUUUUAUCUAUUUAUUUUUCAAGCUAAUCUGCAUUAAAUUAAUAUUUAGUAGUUGCUUAUUGGACUUAACUUAUUUGCCUAUUGGACUCUCAUUAGGUUGGCCCAYAUACUAACUAUUCCAUGUGCUAAUUAAUAGUGGACAACUGCAAAAGGUCAAAUUUCUACUUAGAGGUGCAUAGAGUAUUCUAAAACAGAAACAGUUACCAUAGUGGUUAAUAGGUCAAUUAAAUUGAAUAAAUAACUAUGAUAAUUUAAAUCUUCAAAUAUUUUUAUUCAUUUGCCUAUGAUUGUUAAAUACUUAUUGUACGAUUUAUCACAUUUUUGUGAAUAUAAUGAUAUACAUAAUAAUGAAUAUUUAAAAGUACAUUUCUCUAUWUWACUUAUAAAUCUUUAUACCAAAGUCCCAAAGUAUUUAAGAGGAUGUUAGUGCACCAUUUGUUUUCUCUCUGGUCCACACUUGACUUAGACCAAAUGCUUUUAUGUAGAUUCAAUUUUCUGAUGUUUUUUAGUAAUCUUAUAGUUCAUAUAACUWUCAGAAGGAAAUCAAAGCACCCACAUAAUGCAAUUUUUAAUACAUUUUUUUAUAAAUGUUUUAACAUUAAUUCUAGAUUUAAAGACAGAUAUCUACAACAUCCUACAGUAAACCCCUACUAUAAAAAAAAAAAAAAAACUAUUAA